AUGUGCCCUGUCCAUACACUACAGUACGCUUGGCGACCGCAAAGGCAUGACUUACUCAACCAACCCAACAUCCCUCACAUUCACAAUGGAGCCCUGCACUUAGAUUUAGUCAUGCGCAGACACGUCAAGGCCGUCAAUGCAUACAAUUCAGCUCAUCGUAACGUAAUUGCCCAAUUGAGCUUAGCAAAUCGUGAACAAUCACAUUUUAACGCAUGGCACCCGGUCAGCUUACGCUCAGAGCAAAUGGACAAUCAGGAAUCUAUGCCCUUGGAGUGGAAUGCCACUGUACGAGUACAUAACCCAACAUCCGUCACUGUCUUUGGUGGUGGCCCGGGCGUACAAUACGAUGUGUCCGCCGUCCACCCAUUCAUUCAAAGUCGCUACUCUCCCUUUUGCUUAAUCACGAGAUCACCCGAGGCCCUGGACAAAGGUUCCGUUGUGACUUUCUCCGGACUGGUUGUGUCCCUGGGUCCGAGUGGCGCUACAAUGGUCAAUACGGAGGUCCUGGGCAUGGCUGAGCCUUUAGCUUUGCGUGCGUUGGGUAUCACAGUGGAUCAAGUUCAUGUUGUCGGUCGUGGCAGAAUUCACUUCUGUCAACCGCUACACAAAGAGCCCAAUUUAAGGGGCUGGUGGAUCCUGACGGUUACCCACAAUGCGUGGGUCGAGGGCUCCGUAAAGUUCGGGCGUUUCGUAGACUUCCAUGUGAAAUACGUUGACAAUACUGGGUUAAUCUCAGGUCUGGCCAAUCGUGACAGUCCGGAAAGUUUAACUGUUGAAUGCAAGGGAACGCUCAUGCAGUAUGCUCAAGAUGUACAUCAGUGGGUGGUCAUUGUUUCUAGCAUCAUUACAGUGUAG